GAGAGAGUGCUGUGCUGUGUUGUGUUGUUUUGGUUUUUCUCAUCGGAGUUGAAGAACGGUUUUGUUUGUUGCUCUUUCUCUCUCAUUUCUUUUCAUCAGUUGUUUUAACCUCAAAAAGCCACAAAAAUUCCGAAUUUCUCCUUUUAGAGAUAGAAACACGUCUUAUUUUUGUUUCUAGAGAGAGAAAGUGUGGUUUAUUUAUUUAUUAUUAUUAUUAUUAUAUUUUUCGAGAUAUAGAGAGGGGAGAGAGGGGAAAAAAGGAAGAAGGAAAAAAAUAAUACUAAUAACAAUAACAUCAUAAAGCUCUGUGUUCCAAUGGCUGAUUCGUAAAAAAAAAGGGAAAAAAUCUCUCAUUUAAACCUAAGAAGAGGAAUUGCUUUGAUGGAUGUUUCUAUUUUUAUGUUUCAUAAGCUGAGAUGCGAUCUUUUUGAUUGAUUGUCGGGACCUCGAAUUUGAUCCUAGUUGAAGAGAGAAGGAUAGAGAUAUAGAGAGAAAGAGGAUAAAAUGAACGGUGGCGAUGAACUCGCUGCAGCUCCGGCGGGCCCACCACAGCCUUUGGACUGGAAAUUCUCCCAGGUCUUCGGCGAGCGCACCGCCGGCGAAGAAGUACAAGAAGCAUCCUUUUCAGUUCUAUGAAUCAAGAAGCUUAUUUGGUGAAUGGGUUUUCUGAGGAUUGAGAAAGGAACCCUGCAGAAAUUAAGGCAAUGUUAUGGAUUCAUGGUAGACAGAACUAUUGGACUCGAGGUGAAGAUGUUAAGAUAUCAAACUGACAUAUUUCUAAGAAGAAUUUGGCAGGGGGAAGGGGAUGGUCUUUGUGGACAAUUUGAGCUAGCAAAUAAAGAGUAAUGAAAAUUCUGUUCUAUUGAUUACUGAAUUGGAAUGCAAUCAAUGACAAUGAGGCACCUAUAAGAAUUAUGUAAAUGAGAUGAGUUGGAGGAAAAUGUGCUAUCGUGCUGUUAUCAAUCAAUUGAAGCAGCAUUUUUGAAAGUGGAUAUUAUUUCAGCUAUUGAAUUUGAUAAAAGUGGUGAUCAUCUUGCUACUGGUGAUCGUGGGGGCCGAGUAGUUCUCUUUGAGAGGACAGACACAAAGGAUCAUGGCGGAUCCAGAAGGGAUCUGGAGAGAAUGGAUUACGCCAUUAGUAGGCAUCCUGAGUUUCGUUAUAAAACUGAGUUUCAGAGCCAUGAACCUGAGUUUGAUUAUCUCAAGAGCUUGGAAAUAGAAGAGAAAAUCAACAAAAUCAGAUGGUGCCAAACAGCCAAUGGCGCUCUUUUUCUCCUAUCUACUAAUGAUAAGACCAUUAAGUUUUGGAAGGUCCAAGAAAAGAAGGUUAAGAAAAUUUCUGACAUGAAUGUGGACCCUUCAAAAGCUCUAGGAAAUGGUAGUGUUGCUAGUUCAAGUACUUCAAGUAGUGCUAAACCAUAUAUUGCAAAUGGAGGUUGGCCAGAGAAGUCAUACAGUUGUCCAAGCAAUGACUUCACUUUCCCACCUGGAGGCAUUCCAUCACUGCGUUUACCUGUGGUAGUAACUAGCAAUGAGACCAGCCUGGUGGCUAGAUGUCGAAGGGUAUAUGCUCAUGCACAUGAUUAUCACAUCAAUUCAAUUUCAAACAACAGUGAUGGUGAAACCUUUAUAUCGGCUGAUGACCUGCGAAUCAACCUUUGGAACUUGGAAAUUAGCAAUCAAAGUUUCAAUAUUGUUGAUGUAAAGCCAGCAAAUAUGGAGGAUCUAACUGAGGUUAUAACAUCUGCAGAAUUCCACCCCAACCACUGCAAUAUGUUAGCAUAUAGCAGUUCGAGAGGCUCAAUCCGACUAAUUGAUUUGCGACAAUCAGCUUUAUGUGACUCUCAUGCCAAAUUGUUUGAGGAACAGGAGGCACCAGGUUCUAGAUCAUUUUUCACAGAGAUAAUUGCUUCAAUCUCAGAUAUUAAAUUUGCUAAGGAUGGAAGGCAUAUUCUUAGUCGUGAUUACAUGACUCUUAAGUUAUGGGACAUCAAUAUGGAUUCAGGUCCAGUUGCAACCUUCCAGGUUCAUGAAUAUUUAAGACCUAAGUUAUGUGAUUUGUAUGAAAAUGAUUCAAUCUUCGAUAAAUUCGAGUGUUGUUUGAGCGGUGAUGGAUUGCGAGUGGCAACCGGGUCUUACAGCAAUCUGUUCCGUGUGUUUGGUUGUGCCCCUGGAAGCACUGAAGAAACAACUUUGGAAGCCAGCAAAAAUCCAAUGAGGAGACAAGUUCAGACCCCUUCAAGGCCUUCCAGAUCCCUAAGCAGUAUAACACGUGUUGUAAGACGGGGAGCAGAGAGCCCAGGAGUUGAUGCAAAUGGAAAUUCUUUUGAUUUCACAACAAAAUUGCUGCAUCUAGCAUGGCACCCAACCGAAAACUCAAUCGCCUGUGCUGCUGCAAACAGCUUGUACAUGUACUAUGCAUAAAGAUGGUCCAAGAAAUGUAUUUGCGUGGUGAACUUUUUUGGGUUGCUGUCGGAGAAGAUUUCUUUUCCAUUCCCACCAAUCAGUUAGGUGGAGGCUACAUCGAAUCCUCACAUUUCAAAUGCCUUUUCAAUCUGUAACACAUGCUAAUACCGUAUAAAGGUCCAGAUGUGGCUGUUUCAGAGUCCGCAAGGAAGCAACAUGUUCUUAUUCCCGGAUGGGCAGCUAGAUUCUCCAUUUUCUUCAACCUCCUCCCAACCAUAAAAUUCCUUUUCUACCCGAUCUUUUUUUUUUUUUUUUUUUUUUUUUUUUUUUUUUUUUUUUUCCU